AUGUCGCAAAGACAUUCGCAAAGAACGCCGAAAAUUUCGAGAAUGGUAGCUUUUGUUCUAAAUCAGGAUGUUGUCUAUGUUUUCUUACUUACAGAAUUCAGCAGAAAAUGCGAAUAAGAUUUUUAGUGAAGAGCAAGUUGUUGAACAAAAAGUGGACGAGGGAGACGAUAGAGAUGUUGGUGAGAAAUUUUACAUAUUCAUUGUAAGGCCAAAAAAGUGGAAAUGAUAUGGAAGUUUUUUUGUAAGAAUAAACUAGGCCACUUUCACGUAUUUUCUUGAUUCAUUAUUUUAUUUUAGAAAUUUUCAAAAAAUACAAAUUUCGAAAAAAUUUAAACAUGACAUUCAUUUCUUUGGCAAAAACUAAAAAGAAACUUGAAUAUUCCAGAUUUUCACGAAAUCGAAGGUUCUCUACACAUGAUAAAUUGGCAAGAUUGUCUCGCACAACUAUCUUCAGAUAUUAUCGAAUACCAGUCAAAUGCUGAAGCGAGUGAUUGGAGUUUCAUGAAACCAGCAAUUAUUCAAUAUCUCUUCACAAUUUGCAUUCGAUUACGUCUUCCAAAUGAAGUUCGCUAUACGGCCGCACUGAUUUUCAAUGUUUAUAUGCGCCGACAAAUCAUGCAAUUGUAUCAGUUUUUAGAGGAUCAAGAUAUGAGUGCCGCGCAGAAAUCGAGAGAAUGGGAGAAGAUUGAAACAAAUGCCGAGAGGCAGAUUCCAUUGAGAUUGUUGAGCGCUGUUCAGAUCAGCAGUAAAAUUCACAGUUAUCAUGAUGUACGUUAGAAUAAUUCUGUAGAGAAAAGUUUUGAUGAGGCAAAUUACAGAGUUUAUCAUCUCGCCAAGUUGUGAAUUGUCUUCGAUCUCUUAGUCUUCCAUACACACUUUCGGCUGUUCAAAAUUCAGAAAUUCGAGUAUUUCGAACAAUCGGACACAAGUUUGUUUCAUUUAUGGGGCGGGCUUGUCAAAAUUAAUGCUUUGAAAUAAAAUGUAAAAGAAAAUUUUUAUUUCACUUAAUAUUGGCAGAAAAUACAAAAAAACUAAUUUAGACUCACAAAAUACACUGAUAAAAAACAAAAAAAAUCCCAGCGUUCUAUCCAGGUUUAAAUUUGAUCUAAGUUAGUGAGCGAAAAAAAGGGAGGGGGGAACAUUGUAGGGUACAUGAGACGCUCCUUUUCUCCUUAUUUUUUUCUGGCAAGUCCGCAGAUUUAUCUUUUUUAGUUUGCUAUUUUUGCCUGUGUGUGUGCGUGUUAUUAUUAGACCAACCCAUAAAAUACGAUUUAUUUCAGGCCACCUGAAAGUCCGCUAACUGUUUGUGAAACGGCUAUCAAAAUCUUGGCAUAUUCAAUGCGAAAACAUGGAUGGGCGGAUGAUUCGAAAUUCGAUAUGAUUUGGCAGCAUGUUUUGGUUGUUUUAGAUGUUUGUAUGAUAAAUCAUGCUGAUGUGAGUUUUUGGAGAUACUUUCGGACAUAGAGAAAAAUAUAACUUUUUCAGCUCUACGAUAAAUUCAUGGCUCGCCGGCCGCGAAAUAAUUUUAGCGCGAAAGAUGACCCCGCUGUUGUUUUGGCCAAAUUCAAAUGGGAUUUUUUGAUGCUUUCAAUAUCAGUUAUUCAAACGGCUAUUUUGUGUGUAAUUGGAAGAAGUUGUCUGCCAUUGGUGAGUUUUUUGUUUUGUGGGAUAAACAUAUUUAAAUUUUUUGCAGAUUUCAAAAGUUUUGGUGAAAAUCUUGCAUUGCGAUGAGCGAAAUUGUCAACUUUUGCACGAAUCAAUUGUUGAGAUGAUUGAAGAGCGAAGAUAG